AUGUACAUAUACUUAAUUUCCAGCCGAUUUAUUCCACCUGGCUCAAUUCGCAUUGAUUCACAAAUUUCAAGUAAAUUAACUCCAAGAUUAACUAAGCAAAUCGAAUCUGUCGCCUUUCGCAAUCCAGAUGGCAAUCGAGUACUAGUAUUAAUUUCAAAUUCGGAAGAAUUGAUUGAAGGAAUUAUUGAGGAAGAAAUUAAUGAAAAUAAUAAAAAAUUAGAGGACGUGAAAAUAAGAACAAUAAAUGUUAGCCUACCCCCUAAGUCGAUAUCUACAUUAAUUUGGCCUAAAAACUUUAAUGGAUAA